UUGGCUCCACACGACCGGUAAGCUUCUACUGCCGCCGGAGCCAUCCUCGACCAUUCCCGAAAUAGCCGAGCGAUCAGGAGUGGGUAAACAGAUCGAGCGGGAAACACUGCAUGUGAGGGAGGCUCGCCUUCCGAGCGCCCGGAGGAGCCAUGAAGAUCAAGAAGCAGGCUACCUCGAGACAUGAGUCUACUCUGUCUCCGAUGAUAGCAGAUUUCGUGCAAGCAACGGCAUCGAUACCGCUGUACCAGAUACCCGCCCACGUUGCCUCGUUCCCUAAGCUAUGGCCCUUCCCCCGCGGAGACACAUACCACUGGAUACCGGUGCUGAAUCGGUUCGAUCGCAUACUAGAGCGGUUCAAUCAGGAAUAUGGACUGGUAGAUGGCCCUCAAACUCAGCCGUUCGAGCGGCGCUUGCUGCUGAAGGGCGAUGCGGAGGAGGGCAGCACCCCGGAGCCGGCCACCGCCGACAUCCUCGAUGAGCUAAACAUACCGCAAGAGGGCGACAGGGUGCUUAUUGAGCAGAUCCUCAACUUCACACGGCUGCUGCUGGAGAAUUGCGGCAAUCGGAGCCUGUACUCGAGCAGCGCACACCUGGACAAGCUCCUCAACACCACUUCCGUGUCCCUACUAAAGGCCACACUCCGCCUGACACUGCGUCUUGCCCAGCGUUACCACGCGGCGCGUAUGCGACUCGCACCGGCGACCCUACAUCCUACUCUGCUCGCAAGCCACUACAACAUCAAUCUCGACAAGGUCCAGAAGCUAGCCGGUCCCUUUCCCAAGGGCUCCUCGACAGCAGCGCCGCUGUUUGCCACCCCCGCCGGCAAGGGAAAGGACAAGGUGUCGGGGGAGCGUCGCAGCGACACUGAACGGGUCAAUGCGGCGGAUAUGGUCGGUCUGUUUACGCUCCCGGAGUCCUCCCUACAGCAGGAGUUUGGCGGAGUGUCCAUAUCCUACUACGAAUCGUCUGCCGCACCUGAAGACAGCGCGAACAAGCCCACCGCUACAGAAGGCCCCGCCACUCCAACGCCGGUGCGCCGAACCUCGAACGUCCGCACUCACCAGACACCGCGGCAGCCGCACGAGUCCACCUCUGCAGAUUCCCCGAUCACACCUGCCUUCACUCCUGGCGAUGGCGGGGGUGGCCGUCCGUCUGGUCCCAAAACCUUCGAGCUACCGGCGGAGACUGUGUCAAAAGGCGACUUCCAUGGACUAUUGAAGCAAGGACUCGCAGAGCUUCCCGAGAGUGCACAUUACGAGCUGCUUCACAAACUGCGAACUGCACAGACAGUGAGCUUAGGAAGGACCGGCCGCGAGCAUGUUGUCAGCAUCCGCAUGCUCGCCGUCGCCAAUCUGGCAUACGUGCACAGCGAGAAAGAAUUCCACGCGCGCCUGGGCCAGCAAGAUGCCGACGAGCCACGUCGCUUGCAAUGGGCCUAUCAGUUGUCCGAGCUGGUCCAUCCCCCGGGCACUGGCGGCGAGGCGGUGUCUACAGAGCUGCAGACAUUCGCUCUAAACGCCCUCGAGGCCUUAGCCAAGCACAAGGCCAAGUCUGCGGAUAUAUGUACUGCUCUGAGCGUCAACGUUAACCAUGGUGUUCUCUUCUACAUCGUCCGUAAGAUGGUUGCAGAACUGGGCGUCGACGACUCUCAGGACAACCUCGAAGAGGAUGAAUGGCGGGAAGCGCUCUUCUCCCUUCUGAAUACGCUGCCGACGUCUCAGGCACGAACCGGAGAAGGCAUGGUGGCGGCCGGGCUCCUGGAGAUCUUGGUGGACGUCCUCAAGCUUCGAACGAACAAGGCAGAACGCAACCAUCCCAAGAUUCUUAACUUCCUCGACACAUUCGUGUACAAUCUUCGGGAUGCAUUCCAGGCACUUGUUGAUGCCAAAGGUCUUGACAUCAUCGCUGACCUCGUAUUCUACGAGGUUACCACUUCCGAAGAGCUUGCGAAGGAGGGCCAAGGAAUGCCAAAAGAGUACAAGACUCAGCUUACCGACUAUCAGAUUCCUUUCUACCAUCAGCAGACUCUUCGCUGGCUAUUCAAGUUCAUGAACCACAUGAUGUCGCAUACGGGAGGCGGCAACUUUGAUCGCCAGAUGCGCAAUUUGAUCGAUUCGGCAAAUCUCCAACGCGGGCUCAAAACCGUACUCUCGACCGCUAGCGUCUUCGGCUCGACUGUGUGGAGCAUGGCUGUCAACAUCCUGACAACCUUCAUUCACAACGAGCCAACCAGCUAUUCAGUCAUCAACGAUGCAGGGCUUAGCACCGCGCUAUUGGAGUCGGUGUCCGGAGAGAAGCUUUCAGAGUCUCCAACAAUGGCCCCAAGCGAGGAUCUCGACUCUUCGGAUCAGGGCUCCUCGCUGCCACAGCCCUCUCGUGUGUAUCCGCCGCGUGACCCGUCUAGGCCACUCGCUUCUGGUAUUCUACCCGUAGCAGAAGCUAUUUCAACUGUUCCGCCUGCAUUUGGAGCCAUUUGCCUUGCCGAAGCUGGGAUGAAGCUCUUCCAGUCGUCCACCGCACUCAAACGCUUCUUCGAAAUUUUCGAGAGCCCCGUUCAUGUCAAAGCCCUGGACAUGGAUCCUGAAAUUCCAACGAUAAUCGGAAACGCUUUCGACGAGCUCGUUCGCCACCACCCACCAUUGAAGGGUCCGGUGCUGUCAUCUCUGAGCGAAAUGGUUGGACGUGUCGUCCAGCUCUGUUUCGACAAAGCAGCAAAGGAUGGCGCUGGGGCGAAGCUUUGGACGGGGGCCGGGGACGGGAAAAUCUUCGUAGCAGGCGGUCGCCAAGCGCUUGCUGGUCCGGAAGGCUUUGUUCACAAAGAGCUGUGGCACCGUACAGCGACUGACGGUGACGUUGAGAUGCAAGAUACAGAUGGCCACUCUGCUUCUAGCUCAACGGAUGAUGCGGUUACUCUCGAACAAGUCAUUGAGAACGAAGACAGCACCAGUGGUCCUACCACGAGCCAAUACAUCAGCGUCGUCUGCCGCUUCCUUGGGGGCUUCUUUACGAAUCACGCGAUGUGUGGCGCCUACAUCGAAGCGGACGGCGUAGAGUCGAUCCUCGAUUUCGCUACGCUACCAUGUCUCGACGCUAGAUUCAACGAGUCACGCACCACGAGCGAAGAGUUUGCGCGCGUGGUCCAAGUGCUUGUCGAACAGAAACCGCACAUAACGGUUCCCUCCAUGCUGAAGCGCACCCAGCAGGCUUUGGAUCACCUGGAACCCUUAAUGCGACAUACCGGAAAGCAAGCCUUCUUCGCCCCGUUCACCAAUCCGUCGGGAAUUCAAGCCUCAUCGGAGGAAGAGCAAACCUUAGCGCGCGGGACGGAAUAUGUGAAGGCGCUUGUUGCAGUUCACACGCUUGUCAAUGCUUUGACGAUGACAUUCCAAGGCCAGAUGUUCAACACUCGAUCGACCCACAAUGUCUCCAGUCAGGUCAAUCUCGCGGACAUGUACGCACGGCUUGUCGAUAGCUUGGGCCGACUGCAUCGGAGCUGCGUCUGGGAGGAAAUCCUUCUUCAGAAGAACAUGCCACCGGAGUGGGAGAAGGAGACGCGUAUCAAGAGCUCUGGCUUUGGUGCGAUCGAGGCAGAUAAUGUCUUCCACCUUGGAAACAGCGACAGGCCUUCCGAAUCUACCGGUGCAUCAAACAGUGAGGGAACCACGGCUGGUGCUACCGCCCCAUCGGACAACGCUGUUGCUCCUAGUCAGCACAGCGCACGGUUCAAGAACACGCAAAUCCUGCGGUACCUGCUAAGCAAGAUACCUACCGGAAUCGCGCCAUUCUUCCAAUCGCUCGGCAAGCUCCUGCUCUUCCGCCGUAGCCUUGAGCCCUAUCAAAAACAAUGCGCUAUUAUAGUCGCCGAUCAGCUGGCGCAAGCAGCCAUUGAUCAGCUUCAGUUUGAGGGACCAAAGGCGUCAGAGUCCGCAGAGGAUCGAUACGCAUACUGGAUCGUCAUUCUGACAUCGCUGUCGCAGUUGAUGAUUGAUAACAACAUGGACCGGGUUAGCCCUCAGGCAUUGACAUUGAUCCUGGUCUCUUUCAGGAAUCUUGGCGGCUUGACGGUCCUUGCAGAGAUACUCAGCACUUUCUUCGAAUCCGCCAUGAGCAUUGUUCGGACGCAAGGCGAUGACGCCGGGGAAGACUCUCAGCGGCUCCUCAAUCUAUCCCUGGGUGGCGUCAAGAUCAUUCUGGCAUUCUAUGUACAGAUCAUCAACGCCAAGGUUAUCAACGAAGCCAGUCAAACUACUUCGAUGCAAUCUCGCCCCGACCGCGAGCGUGAGCGACCUGAUUUUUUCCUCCCUGCACAAUUCAUUGUCGAGCUGCGUUACGCCGUCACCAAGCCGGUGCAAAAGAUCUGGGACUCCGAUCUUAUUGACAAGGCCACUACUUCGAUCGUUAAGACGUCCAUCAAUAUCCUCAAAACGGUACUGGAUGGAGACGGUGAGCAUGGUGCCUACAAGAGCGUGGACAAAAUUCCGAAGCGUAACAAACCCAUCAUCAAGCCGUGGAAACCGCGCAAUGAGGAUCAUAUGCAACGCCUGAAGGAAGCGGGCCACUCCGAAGGCCUAGCUGAAGAGGCUCUCUUCCGGUGUUGCGAUAACUUCAACACAGCGCGGGAAUACUGCCAGAACCAAACGCGCGACAUCCGUGCUUCGCGAAACCCCAUCCCACAGUACGAGAUCAACGCACGUGGCCCGCCAACCGCAUCACCGAGCAGGGCAGAAGUCAUCGUACCGGAGCCUACUGAUAAUGCGAGCAUUUCCAGCGAUGAUGAGGGCGAAGAUUCAGAGGCUCCUGACUCGCAGUCUGUGGAGAUGGAAGAUGCAGACACAUCGCAGCCGCACGAUCCCGCCCCAACCACCCCUGUCCCCGAAACCCAGUCCGCAACGGAUCCACCUGUCUCAUCCCAGGAUGGUCUGGCAUAUCAAAAGCGAAUGGCUACUGGAAAUGUUGCAGAACCGGUUGCGAUCGAUGAUCUGGACAAAGAACGUGCCACCAUUCGGGAGAAUUUGGUAGAUCGAUCCCUCGACAUCCUCAACUCUCAUGACGAUGUCACGUUCGAGCUAGCCGACCUGAUCUCUGCGGCCGUUGCCAAGGCCCCAGACCCGUCCGCUAUGCGCGGAGAGAUUGGUUCCACCUUGGUACAGUCGCUCAUAUCGCUGCAGACGGGGGAUGAUUUUCGUGCACAGGGCAAGAAAAUCGCUGCAUCUGCGCAUCUCCUUGGUCUCAUCAUUCAGGACAAGGAUUUCUACGAAGCGGUUGUAGACGAAUUGAAGGAGAACUUCCUGAUGCUCCUCGAAUUUAUCAAGGUCUUUCCGGAUCAGCCAGCUGAGGAAUCAUCGGCGUGGGUUGGACAUGUGCUUGUCAUCGCCGAACGAUUGCUGGCGGAAGAUCAGCUUCCGCGCCAGAUUCAAUGGACACCGCCAACAGUUGACGCGCAGGACGAAACGCCUGUUGAGCAAUUACCGGAGCCAAUUGUGAGCCUGGAUGAGAAGAAUCAUCUAUUCGAUGCUCUCUUAGAGAUUCUCCCGCGCAUCGGAAAGGAUGAGUCGUUGGCGCUGUCGGUGACACGUGUCUUGGUCAUGCUCACACGCACUCGCAAGAUUGCUUUGCGCCUCGCAGAGCGUCGCAACAUUCAACGGCUUUUCCUGAUGGUUAAGCAGCUUGCUGGUAUCACGAACGAGAGUCUUCGAAGUGCCUUCAUGAUCGUUCUGCGCCACAUCAUCGAGGAUGACGCAAUGAUCCGGCAAAUCAUGCGGAGCGAGAUUCAGUCUAUGUUCGAGUCACGCGAUCGGAGGCAGACUGAUACGACUGGAUACGCACGGCAGAUGUACUACUUGGCCAUCCGUGCACCAGAGAUAUUCGUGGAAGUUACGAAUGAGAAGCUGCAGCUCGCACGUUUCGACCCGAACCAGAGGCCUCAGACUCUCGUUCUCAAGAAAGACGAGUCUCCUGCCGCAGAGUCAGAUUUGCCUGGCCCCUCAGGUACCUCCGGUAACACCCCGGAGAGCGAUCGACCGAAGGAGACAAGCGAGCCAGUCGAGCAACCUGUGCUAGAGAGAACGAAAACUUCAGACCUGAAGCCACCCGUUGUCGAGAAUCCCGAUGGCGUCAUUCAUUAUCUCUUGUGUGAGUUGUUGGCCUACAAAGAGAUCGACGACAAGCCGGAGCCGCCGAAGACUACGGAGAAGGCCGACCAAACCACACAGGAUCAGCUAUCGGCGCCGGGUUCAGCAUCCGUACCGUCCAGCACAAACGCCGAGCAGCAGAAGACCGAGAAGCUGGAGUUCAAAGCUGACGCCCAUCCGAUUUAUAUUUACCGAUGCUUCAUUCUAAAGUGUCUCGCUGAGCUGCUUCAGAGCUACAACCGCACGAAGAUCGAAUUCAUCAACUUCUCGAGGAAGGCAGAUCCGUAUGCCACGACUCCAUCGAAGCCUAGGUCUGGUGUGCUAAACUAUCUGUUGAACAACCUGGUUCCUGUGGGCAGUCUAAACCAUGAGGGCGAUUUGUCAUUCAAGAAGAAACUGGCCACGUCUAGCUGUGCGAUCGAUGUAAUCGUCUCCCUCUGCGCUAAGACCGGAGAGCAAGGCGCUCCAAAGCAAGGUCUAAAUCCACUCUCGCCGUACGUGGAGACGGAACCGGAUCUUCUGUUCGUGCGGAAAUUCGUUCUCGAACAUGCUCUGAAGGCUUUCAGGGAUGCUAGCGCAUCCGACGAAGCUCUAGAGAUGAAAUAUUCGCGUCUUCUUGGUAUCGCCGACAUCUUCUCCAAGAUGGUGUCUCAGCGCCCUAACGGGGAAAUGCUGAAUCAGAACUCGGAUCUCACUCCAACGCUCAAACAAAUGGCGAAGAUCAUGUACGAGAAGAAUUUCAUCACGAUUUUGACGACGGCCAUAGCAGAUAUCGAUCUCAAUUUCCCGAACACCAAGCGGGUGGUCAAGUACAUCUUGAAACCACUUAAGUGGCUUUGCUAUGUGGCAAUGGACUUGAGCACGCGUUACGAUACUUCAUCAACGCCCGAUUCCACCGAUGAAUAUGAGAUUUCCUCGGCAUCCGAUGAUGACCUCGUGGGAGCUACCCGCGAAGAGACGCCGGAUCUAUUCCGUAACUCAACCUUGGGCAUGUUCGAGCCAAGGAAUGGGUCCGAUUCCGAGCCCUCCGAUGACGAGGAAGACGAGGAAAUGUACGAUGAGGCAUUCGCCGAUGACAUGGAGUAUGAUGAAGAGAUCGGCGACAAUGACGAAGUCAUUUCAGAAGAUGAAGAGAUGGAGAUGGAGCUAGGUGACAUGGGUCCUAUUGAAGGGCUACCCGGCGAUGUCGACGUUGAAAUCGAGCUCGACGAAGACGACGAAGACCUUGGCUCCGAAGAUGACUCCCAGGAAGAUGAUGAGGACGAUGGGGAGGAGGAUGAAGAUGAAGAUGAGGGAGACGAUGAUGAGGGAGAUGACGAGGAUGAGGAUAUGGAGGAACUGGGAGAUCUAGAAGAGAUCACCGGCGACGAUGAAAAUGCCAGCCUCGCCGAUGAUCGUGAGGAUAGCUGGAGCGGCGACGACGGCCACUUCCCCGGCGACGGAGAUCCAAAUAUGCCUCCAGGUGCUCUAGGCUUCGUGCUUGACCCACCACAGUUGCUAGAGCAAAUCCGUGAAGAUCGGUUAGAUGACUUCAUGGACGACGACAUGCAGGAGGACGAAGAUGACGAAGAUGACGAGGAUGACUUCGACGACGAGGACAUUGUCUAUAACCCGGGACUCGAAGACGACGAGGAUGGCAUGCAUGGUAUGGGCUGGGGCUGGGAUGAACCAGGACCGCCCGCGGGUCGUCAUAACCACAGGGGAUUGAGCCCAUGGAUGUUCCCCGGUGGACCCGAUAACCGCAUUCUUGUGCCAGCCUAUAGGUCGCAUCGACCAGGCGCGGGCCCGCGCAUGACAGAUGACGGAAUAAAUCCGCUCCUCCAGCGUUCCGGUCGAUCAUCUGCGCGGAGCGGAGACUCAUCGUAUCCUGCUAAUCAGGGUAUGAGCGACUGGGUGCAUGCAAUUGAAGGACGUGGGCCUCGUCUCUUCCCUGCCGACAGUCCUGUAUCCUUCAUCAGCAACCUCUUGAACGCCAUGAGUCAUGGAGCGCUGCAUACCCACAAUGGUGCGCUGCAUGUGUCGAUCAACAAUUUCCUACCUGUGCCGUUUGAUCCAGGAUUCCGCCGUGAUACGCGCAAUAGGGAGAAUGCAUUGACACGCUCUGUCCGCGAGGAUCCACAGUCUUCCGUCGCUUUCUUGAAAGCGUACACCCAUCAGCGCUGGCAGGAAGAGGCGAGGAUUCUUUACGGUCCUAGCGCCAUUGAGAAGAGCCAGCGCGUUAUCAACUCUAUCCUCAAGCUCAUGGUUCCUCCGGCGAUGGAGGCAGCUAAGAAGCGACAAGCGGAGAAGGAAGCCGAGGCCGCGCGCAAGCUCAAGGAAGAGCAGGAGCGGAAAGAACAAAAGGAACGCGAAGAGCGGGAGGCUAAGGAGCGCGAAGAACGCGAACGACAAGAGCGUGAGGCUGCAGCAGCCGCAGAAGCUGCCGCUCGGGCUGCAGAGGAGAACCAAGAAGGACAGGCUACAGCGGAGCCUAGCAGCGCUUCCGACGCUCAGGCAAUGGAGGGAGUAGAAGCGGCUCAGCCAAUUGCGGAGCCGACCGCAGAAUCCGGACCUUCAGAAUCCAGGCCACGCAUUACCACGAAUCUUCGUGGGCGCGAAUUCGACAUUACCGAUCUAGGCAUCGAUCUAGAGUAUCUGGAGGCCUUGCCUGAAGAGCUCCGUGAGGAGGUCUUGAUGCAGCAGAUUGCAGAACGACGUGCCCAGCGAGCCCAAGAUCGCCCAGAACAAGCCGGCGGACAACUACCAACCGAUAUCAAUGAAGAAUUCCUAGCCGCCUUGCCACCCGAUAUCCGCGAUGAGCUGCUCCAGCAGGAAGCCCAGGAACGUCGACGAAGGGAACGCGAGGAAGCGCGCCGACGUAGCCAGGCUAACGGUCCGCCACAGGCCGAAGACAUCGACCCGGCAAGCUUUCUGGCUUCUCUAGACCCCGCCCUGCGACAGGCUGUUCUCAUGGAUCAAGAUGAAGAGGUGCUGCGUCAACUACCACCUGAGAUAUCUGCGGAAGCCCGGGCAUAUGGAGGCGAUCGUCGCUUGAACCAGUUCAACGAUUACCUUCCCUCAGGUUAUCGCCGUGGUCUUGACCGUCGCGCCCCACAAGACGAGCAAUCGCAGAAGAAGAAGGCCCGUCCGUGCGUGCAGAUGCUAGACAAAGCUGGCGUCGCAACAUUGCUCCGCCUUAUGUUCAUUCCCCAGCAGGGCAGCGCCAAAGCGAGCCUCACCCAGAUUCUGCGAUACGUCUGCGAGAAUCGACAGAACCGCGCCGAAGUCAUCAGCAUUCUUCUGUCCAUCUUGCAAGAUGGCAGUGCCGACGUCAAUGCCGUCGAGCGUAGUUUCGCCCAGCUAUCCCUUCGCGCGAAACAAACACAACAAGUCGCAGAUAAGACGCCCAAGAUAUCGCGGAAGAACGGAGCCUUGUCUAUUAACUCCGACGUUUCUCCGCUCAUGGUUGUUCAACAAUGUCUCAAUACUCUGACGCAACUCACCGAGAAGAACCCUGCCGUUUGGUCGUUCUUCCUAACAGAGCAUGAGACAGGAGUCGGCUUCAAGAGCCGCGGCAACCGCAAGGGUAAAGCCAAGGAGACUAAGGCCACGAAAUACCCGGUCAAUGCAUUAUUGAGCUUGUUGGACCGCAAGUUGAUCAUUGAGAGCUCUUCAAUCAUGGAGCAGCUGACCACCCUUCUACGAGUCAUCACUGUUCCGUUGCAGGCACUAAAGAAGGAUAAGGAGGAGAAGGCCGAGGCUGAACCCAAGAAGGAUGGAGCUGUAGCUGCAUCCUCCGGAGAGCAGGCUACCACCACUGAACAGGGCGCAGCGGUAUCGCAGCAAGGCGAGGAUACGGAGAUGCCCGCUCCACCCGAGCCGAAUCAAGCAGACGCUCCCAAAGAAAGCGAAGGUAGUUCGUCAAAGCCUGACUCUAAAGCGGAGGACGACAAGAAGAAGCAUCGGGCUCUUUCACCCCCGGAAAUCCCAGAGAACAAUCUUCGACUUGUGGCUAAGAUCUUGGCUGCCCGGGAAUGCAAUAGUAAGGUGUUCCAGGAGACCUUGACUGUCAUAAGCAACCUGUCCCCGAUCCCAGGUGCAAAAGAGAUCUUCGGCAAAGAGCUACUCGGUAUCGCGCAGGACUUGGCUCGGUCGACAUUGAAGGACCUCGCGGACCUCGCCGUCCAGGUCUCUAAUGCAUCAUCGCCAACCGAUGUCCAGGGUAUUGCCCUUUCGAAAUUCUCACCCGCCAGCUCCGACCAGGCGAAACUUCUGAGGGCGCUGACCGCGCUCGACUACCUGUUCGAUCCCACGCGUGACAACAAGGAGCAGACUACUGCCUCGAGCGCAGACGCGCUUGAGCCAGCGCAGAAGGACGAUAUACUUAUCACUCUUUACGAGGAUUCUGCGUUUGCACCUCUCUGGGACAAGCUUAGCGAAUGCUUGACCGUCAUCCGCCAGCGCGGCAAUAUGCUCAACAUUGCUACAACCCUUCUCCCACUCAUUGAAACUCUGAUGGUUGUCUGCAAGAACACGACGCUGAAGGACGCGCCGUUGAGCAAGAUGCUUCCGAAAGAAUUUGCGCUUUCCAGUCCUCCACCAGAGUCUAGGAUGGAGAAUUUAUUCUUCCGGUUCACCGAGGACCACCGAAAGAUCCUCAACGACCUUGUCCGCCAGAAUCCCAAGCUCAUGAGCGGCACGUUCUCGCUACUGGUGAAAAACUCGAAGGUUCUGGAAUUCGAUAACAAGCGCAACUACUUUAAUCGCAAAAUCCAUGCCCGUACGCCCGAUCGACAGCCACAUCCCCCGCUCCAGCUGGCGGUUCGCCGAGACCAAGUCUUCUUGGAUUCGUUCAAGUCUCUGUACUUCAAGACUGCGGAUGAGAUGAAGUACGGAAAGCUCAGCAUCAGAUUCCAUGGCGAGGAGGGUGUGGAUGCUGGAGGUGUCACCCGAGAGUGGUUCCAAGUCAUCGCUCGGCAGAUGUUCAACCCAGAUUACGCCCUGUUCAUUCCCGUUGCAUCGGACCGAACGACCUUCCACCCGAACAAGCUAAGCAGUAUCAAUCCGGAACAUCUGAUGUUCUUCAAAUUCAUCGGGCGCAUCAUUGGCAAGGCACUCUACGAAGGUCGCGUGCUUGAUUGCCACUUCAGCCGAGCGGUCUACAAGCGCAUUCUGGGUCGGCCAGUCAACCUCAAAGACAUGGAAACUCUGGAUCUAGAGUACUACAAGUCCCUUCAGUGGAUGCUCGAGAAUGACAUUACGGACAUCAUUACAGAGACCUUCUCCAUCGACGUGGAAGCUUUCGGCGAGACCAACAUUGUGGACCUAAUUGAGAAUGGACGCAACAUCCCCGUCACUGAGGAGAACAAGCAUGAAUACGUCCGUCUCGUCACCGAGCAUCGUAUGAUUGGCUCUGUUCAGGAGCAGCUCGAGCACUUCCUGAGGGGCUUCCAUGAUAUCAUUCCAGCGGACCUCGUCUCUAUUUUCAGCGAACAGGAACUCGAGCUCCUCAUUUCCGGCCUUCCCGACAUCAACGUGGAGGACUGGAAAGCCAACACCGAGUACCACAACUACACGGCCAACUCACCCCAGAUCCACUGGUUUUGGCGCGCUGUCCGGACCUUCGAUAAGGAAGAGCAGGCCAAGUUGCUGCAGUUCGUUACUGGCACGAGCAAAGUUCCACUGAAUGGGUUCAAGGAGUUGGAGGGCAUGAAUGGCUUCUCCAAGUUCAACAUUCAUCGCGACUAUGGCAGCAAGGAUCGUCUGCCAUCGAGCCAUACUUGCUUCAACCAGCUCGAUCUCCCAGAGUACGAUGAUUACGAAUCACUCAAGAAAGCGCUCUAUACCGCCAUGACCGCUGGUGGCGAGUACUUCGGCUUCGCAUAAGCCACCCUCCACUCGGUGGUUCGCCGAUAUCCUUUCAAAUUGUGUACGUUUGCCUUUCUUUCUCUGUUUAUGAUUUCGCAUUGCAGGCGCCCUGGAGGAUUAUGCACGCCGGGUAAGGCAAAGGGGU